GUUGUGGUCAUGACCCGUCGGUGCGAGGUGCCACUUCCGGGUUCGUGUCCAGUCCUAAUCUGUGCAGUGUGAAGCUGAAGGUUCGAGUUGAAGUAAUUACGAUGUGGUGGCCAAACAGGUUGUAUUAGUCAGGCUAUAUGUCAGCAAAGAUGUCAACAAUUUUGCAUUGGACAAGUUUGUAAAUACGAUAUUGUAAUUCACCUGAAGACAGGAGCUCAGAACUUUGCAACGUGACUGCAUAAUGUUUAUAGAGGCCUAGAACUGUUAUUGUUUCCCAAAACAAGAAUGAUUACAGUAAAUACCGAAGAGUCCGGGACCAGAGAAGAAGUGAAGAUGAGUGCCCCACGACGGAACAUCAAGUUUCUGAUGUUUAUGAUCCACGUGAACUACGCCAUCUAUGGAAUCAGUUCACAUCUACAAGGUGGAGCAUUCCCGUUUGUGUCUAAGAAGCUUGGCGUUGACCCCACCACCUGGGGCUACCUGCAGACCACCAUCGCCGUCGCUCAGCUGGCCGGAUGUCCCAUCUUCGGCCGGUUCGGAGACCUGUACGGGGGCAGGGCUGCCAUGACCUUGACAUUCCUCGGGAUGAUGGUGGAAAGCUUGCUGGUGGCCAUGGCCUUCUCUGGUGGUAUCCCACUGCUGUUUAUCUCCAGGGCACCCAUGCUGUUCAUUCAUCCAAUGACAGCCUUCCAAAUGGUGGCGUCAGACCUGUCAGAUGAGAAGACGCGAGCGGACGCUCUGGCAAAACUCAACAUCGUCUCCACGGUAGGCCGGAUCCUAGGACCAACCAUAGCUGGCUGGCUGGUGGAGCACUAUGGGGAGUCUUUCACCUGUGUGGCAGCGGCCAGCUUGUCGGCUGUCUGUGUGGCCCUGGUCCUCGUUUUUAUUCCUGUCAGCACUAAACAAGUCAACGAGGAAAAGGUAGAAACCUCCAGCCAAAAAAAGACCAGUCUGUUUGACUAUAGAGAGAUACUUCGACUGUUGAGGAUCCCGGCAGUGGCAGAGCUGCUGGGAAUAAAGAUGUUCUGCAGCGUGGCCUUCUUCCUCCUGAACUCCAUGAUGCCCAUCAUACAGAUGGAAGUCUUCAACAUGAGUCCACAAGAGUACGGGUACUUCGGUACCUACCUCGGCAUCGUGUAUCUGAUCUGCUUCAGCUGUGUGAGCCCCUUGACAAAGCGGUUGAGUGACAUCAACGUCAUGCGGUUUUCUGAAAUCCUUGUCACCAUCGGAGAUUUUGGCUUGGCCCUGUCCAACAACUAUUGGCAGGCUGGUCUGGCCUUCCUCCCACGAUGCUUUGGGGACGGUAUCCUGGCAACCAUGAUCAACUCUGGGCUCAGUAAGGGGGUUUCUGCUCAGGAUACAGGAGGUGUGAUGGGCCUGAGCCUAUCUGCGGGCCAUGUCCCACACAUGAUCACACCGCCCAUCGCUGCCUACCUGUUCGAAACCUUCGGCUACCGGUCUAUAGGUAUCGGCUGCUUUGCGAUAAACAGCGCCAUGACUGUGUACCUACUUCGGCGUAAAGACGCACCAUCAACAUAGUGUGCUACCCGACAAUCAACUUUUCUUUCUUUAAUUGAGAUUGAUGUAAGAUUGAUGUAAUGUAGUUAUUCAUUUUUGGACAUUUAAACUUAAAACUAUGUUUGUUCUAGACAAUUUAUUGUGUUCAAACACAAUACAGAAUUUAAGAUGGUGCCAGGAACACCUUAAAAGCAAUUUGUUUUGACUCAAAGAGAAAAUCAGGAUGAGUGGUUUAUGUGGUGCAAGUACUGUAGUUAAGAAUGUUAUUUGUUCCAGUACAGAUAUGUUAAGUAUUUUGAGCCUUGGUGAAGUUGGUAGAAUGAAAGGUGUACAGGUGUAGGCAGGGCUAACACCACUUACACAUUUUAUUGCAACAAUUGCACAUGGUUUAGAAUAGUUUUAGCCUAUGUUGUUUUCAAAGUUACUAGAAUUGUUAGAUUGAAAG